AUGGCUUUGACUCCCAGUUGGAAGCUUGUUUUUAUCACAUUGCUCCUGUUGGAGAUGUGGGCGUCUCAAGCCAUAGCUCGUUCAUUGCAAGACGUAUCCAUGGUUGAAAAACACGAGCAAUGGAUGGCACAAUAUGGACGCCAGUAUAAGGAUAGUGCAGAGAAGGCAAUGCGAUACAAAAUAUUUAAGGAGAAUGUAGAGUACAUUGAGACUUCUAACAAAGCAGGGACUCGGUCUUAUCAGCUUGGCAUCACUCAAUUUGCUGAUCUGACAAACAAGGAGUGUCAGGCAUCUCGGAAUGGAUACAAAAUGUCAUCUUUCCUAAAGUCACCUAAAGCGUCGUCAUUUAGGUAUGAAAAUAUGACCGCGGUUCCAUCGAGCAUGGACUGGAGAAAGAAGGGAGCUGUUACUGGUGUUAAGGACCAAGGCCAAUGUGGUUGCUGCUGGGCAUUCUCAGCUGUUGCAGCUACAGAAGGAAUCAACCAACUUUCAACAGGGAAAUUGAUUUCACUAUCCGAACAAGNACAGGAAAAUUGA